AUGGAUAACUCAGUUGGAGCAGCCUUCGGAGCCGUGUCACUUACGACUUCACUUCCUAUAACACUUGUGUCAAUCGUGGAGUGCUUUGAAUACGUGGAGCUUGGUCGGCGUUUCGGGAAAGAUUUCAAUAAGUCACAGGCUCGUUUAGAAGCGUUGAAACUUCAAAUCACGAGAUGGGGAAUUUCUAGCGGCACCUUCCCCGAUCCUCAGACAGGGAAGUGCAGAAGAGUCAGCAUUGAUGCGCAUGCAGCCGAGACCGCUGAGAGGCUCCUUAACUCUAUCUUGGAAGAUACUCAAGAGCUAGAGAGAAAAUCUAGGAGGUAUGGAGAUCCGUCUGGGAAUACAAGUGCAAUGGAAUCAAUGCUGAACGAGAUGGAUACACCAACCCAAGCAUUGAAAUCGAAAACAAGCAAAAUUUUUGCUAAACGUAUUCAGGGUGUAUCACUUAAGAAAAGAGCAAAAUGGGCUCUCUUCGAAAAGAAACACUUCGACAGACUUCUCGAGGAUAUUACUGAGAAUCUAAAUCUUCUGGUGGUGACACUGCCGCAACUUAACGAGCCACAACGUGAGCUUUGCCGCAUGGAAGUAGAAGAAAUUCAGAAUGGCCAGCCACCAGUUGUCUUGGAGCUACUUCAUGACGCUUCAAUGGCAAAUAGUGAUGCUGUAUUGGAGCAAGCCGUUAAAGAAGCUAUUGAAAAUAGGGAGCCUGGCCACCGCUGGGAACGGACCGAGGUGGAUGAUAGUGUCAAGUUAGAGCAAGGUGACCGUAUUGGAAACGGUUUCACAGGUCAGGUUCCGAUGAACAGGGGUAAUCAUAAAUUCGGGAUAACAAUUGGAAAAGGAAACGCAGAGAUUCACCAAGGAGACAAGUAUGGAAAUAUGUGA